CGGGUUCAGGAGGCUGCUCUGCAGGCUAGGCUGUCCGGGGCAUGAGUGGGGUGUGGGGGCCCGGGGGGCCUCGGUGCCAGGAAGCGCUCGCGGUCCUUGCCUCGCUGUGCAGGGCCCGGCCGCCCCCUCUCGGGCUGGACGUGGAGACUUGUCGAAGCUUGGAGCUGCAGCCACCGGAGCGUAGUCCGAGCGCAGCCGACGCAGAUGCCUCUGUCAGCCUCCUCGCAGUUGUAGUUAUUGUAUGUGGUGUGGCCCUGGUGGCAGUUUUUCUCUUUCUCUUUUGGAAGCUGUGCUGGAAACCCUGGAGGAACAAGGAGGCCUCCAGUCCCUCGUCUGCUAACCCCCCCUUGGAGGUCCUCCAGAGCCCCAGCUCCAAAGGCAACAUGGCAGACAAGCUAAAAGAUCCCAACACCCUGGGCUUCCUGGAGGCGGCUGUGAAGAUCAGCCACACAUCCCCAGAUAUCCCGGCCGAGGUGCAGAUGUCGGUCAAGGAGCACAUCAUGCGUCACACGCGACUGCAGCGGCAGACCACGGAGCCAGCGUCGUCCACCAGGCACACCUCCUUCAAGCGCCACUUACCGCGACAAAUGCACGUCUCCAGUGUAGACUAUGGCAAUGAGCUCCCGCCAGCGGCAGAGCAGCCCACCAGCAUUGGCCGCAUCAAGCCUGAGCUCUACAAGCAGAAGUCGGUGGAUGGGGACGAGGCCAAGUCUGAGGCUGCCAAGAGCUGUGGGAAGAUCAACUUCAGCCUACGCUAUGACUACGAGAGUGAGACCUUGAUCGUGCGCAUCCUGAAGGCCUUCGACCUCCCUGCCAAGGACUUUUGCGGCAGCUCUGACCCUUACGUCAAGAUCUACCUCUUGCCUGACCGCAAAUGCAAGCUGCAGACACGGGUGCACCGCAAGACCCUAAACCCCACCUUCGAUGAGAACUUCCACUUCCCCGUGCCCUAUGAGGAGCUGGCUGACCGCAAGCUGCAUCUCAGUGUUUUCGACUUCGACCGCUUCUCCCGCCAUGACAUGAUUGGGGAGGUCAUCCUGGAGAACCUCUUUGAGGUCUCCGACCUGUCCCAGGAAACUUCCAUCUGGAAGGACAUCCAGUAUGCUACAAGUGAAAGUGUGGAUUUGGGAGAGAUCAUGUUCUCCCUCUGCUACCUGCCCACAGCAGGCAGGCUCACCCUCACAGUGAUCAAAUGUCGGAACCUCAAGGCGAUGGACAUCACAGGCUAUUCAGAUCCAUAUGUCAAAGUGUCCCUGCUUUGUGAUGGGCGGAGGCUGAAGAAGAAGAAAACCACCAUUAAGAAGAACACUCUCAAUCCUGUCUACAAUGAGGCCAUCAUCUUUGACAUUCCCCCGGAGAACAUGGAUCAAGUCAGCCUGCUCAUCUCGGUUAUGGAUUAUGACCGAGUGGGCCACAAUGAGAUCAUAGGAGUCUGUCGCGUGGGGAUCAAUGCCGAAGGCCUAGGCAGGGACCACUGGAACGAGAUGCUGGCGUACCCCCGGAAGCCCAUCGCACACUGGCACUCCUUGGUGGAGGUAAAGAAAUCCUUCAAAGAGUGGCAGGGCCGAGCUGCCAGCUUCGACAGCGAAAGCUCGUGCCCUUCUCCAAAACCACCUCCAACACCAUGAGCCGCAUGGCCGAGCAACACAAAUGGGACUCAGCAACGUUCUUUUCGCACUUGUUCAACAGUCUAAACACAAUGUCGUGCAGUAGCAGCGGCAGCAGCGGCAGCUGCAAGUCUCUCACUCCAGGGUCUUAACCAUCCUCUGUAGGUUAAGGCCGAGACACUUGUCAUGUAGUUGGUUCUGUCUUAGUCUUUUCUGUCUCCCAAGGUGAUGUUUUUGUGGUUUUUCACUUUUUAUGGAUCUGCUGUCAAGAAAAGAAGAGGAAAAAAAUAUAGUAGGAUAAAAUGAUGAGUGGAGAGCCCAGAAGUUGGUUCUAUAAAAUACAGUGUAAAAUAGCAGACUUUUCCGGGGAGGUGGAUCAAGUUUCUGAAAUUUUGUGUCUUUACCAAGCUCCCUGAUCCUGCAGAAGGAAGAGGAUGGAGCUUUGGCUACAUUUCCAGUGUCCUGCAGGGAUGGUGCAAAUCCAAGGGCCUUUCUGAGGCUGAUUAUGACUCUUUGAAGCUCUUCACUGGUGUGACAUAAACCAAGACGUGGGCUCCUGGCCCCAUGUUGCAAUCACAAGCACUUUGAGCUGUUUGUGAACCUUCAGCUGGUUGGGCAGGGUUCCUUGUUCCCUUUCCUCAUUUGCUUUCCUCAUGAAUUGAAAAUGUAUUGAUUCCUCAUGGGAACUUAGUCAUUUUCUUUAGGAAUGAUUCUGCUGAAACUAAACAUGCUGUAUGUUUUCUGACACUCCACCGUUAAUGAUCACAUUUGUUUGAAAACAGGAUCUUUGUUCUCAAAAAUAACCAUUGUAAAGAAAGAGAGGCACAUAUGUUGCAAAAUGAUUUCUGUGUUACACAUAGCUUUAUAAUUCCAUGAAGUAUCAAGCAGCUGUUUAAAAUGCCUAAACAAAUCAAACAAAACCCUAGAUAAAAUGUUCUUUUCAGAAUGGGUAGUUUCAAAAUCCAAGUAACAGUUUGAGCCCAUCUUGCUUAUGAAGAGAAUCUUCUUGACUGCAACCAAGGCAGCUUACGCCUAUUUCAGCCCUAUUGACUCUGGGACAGUAGUCACCUUGAACUUUGGUUCUAUAAUUACUAAGUACUUCAGUGUUCUUUGUUUCAGUGUUAGUGGAUCUUUUUUUUUUCCUUUAGAUCUCUACUUUAGGCCAAAUUCACCUUAGGAAAAGAAAAAGUUUAAACGAUUCUGUAUUGUAAUAGCACAAUUCUGUUGACUUAAUAGUGGCCUUCCUACCUACCCCCAUAACAAGGUUGAUUUGCUCAGUCUUAGUUUGUAUAACCCUGGUAAGUGCAUGGAGGUGUGUUUCCACUUCAACUUGUGACUAAACAGUGUCAAUUUCCAGAAGUGUGUGUAUGACUCCCAGGAGAUGUGUCUGCUGAAGAACCCUUUCUCUCAGCAGUGGAGGGUCAAGAACAUAAAAGCUACUCACCAAUCUUGUGUCUUUUUCUUUAUAUGUGUCACAUUCUAUAGGAGCAGCCACUCCAUAAAAAAACUCUCAUUUUCAGGCAGAUUAUCACUGAUAAUCUCUACUGAUAUAACUUUGGGUAGUAUUUUCUAGUCUUACAACAGACCAGAUCUAUCACGAGGUAACAGGGUAUUGUGGCAAAAGAAGUUUUCAACUCAGAAAAUUAUAUGUAGAUAACCCCAAAACUUCACCCUGGACUGAGCCAUAGGCCAGGGGCUGAUGUGAAAAGUAAUUUUUCUCUGCAAAUGUCUUGUGGCUGAUAGAGCAUGGCCAGGCAGCCCUGCGGCUGGAUGCUCACUUGAGAAUGAGGGAAAAACCCGAGGUCACAAGGAGAUGAACUUCAUUCUGUUUCUUGACUCUGGCUUGAUGCCUCAUCUUGGCCAUCUCGGUCACUGAGCAGAUGCUGGGGGUCCUGCAACUGCGAAGGGGCCAGUUCAGUUUCUUCAGUCACAAGGAGAUCAGACAUUAGUGUGAGGGGUCCUUCUGGAAGUGAGCUCAGAAUGAGCAUCCAGCUGUCAUCUUUAUACCUUUCGGCAGGUGGAGAUGAGCCAUCCCAACCUUUUGGAGAAAGGAGUGUUCUCAGUUUGAAUCAUAGGGUGGUUAUUGCUCUCGACAGUCCCCUUAUAUCCAAGCAGCUAUCUCCCGUGAGUAAGUAGCCCAAACGGUUUCAGAAAAUCGUUUCCUGAGCAGAUUAUGGUCAGCCCCCUAACCAACUGCCACUAUUGCAGCUCCUGCAGUCUCGGUAAAUUUCUACAGGCAUGGGAGCCCACCCUUGGGAGGCUUUUAGCUCCUGGCGCCGCAGCCCCGGAGCCACCGGGAAGCUAGUUCUCAGCCUGAAGCACUAAUGAAAUCGUCUUCAUUAUCUAGCCCAAUAUUUCUCCUUCCCAGAUGAGAAUAAAGUGACAUACAAAGGUGAUUCAUUUGCUGGCUUCCUCUGGCAUGAGAAGCCCCUGGGGUCGUUGUGAGCUUUGCCCAAGUCGCCAUAACUAGGACUACUCACAAUAGAUGUUUUUUAAAAGACACGAAGUUUCCUUCUUUACUCGGCUAUGUUUCUGGACUGAAAGAUGCCCUCCCUCCUCCCUGCUUACCCAGGAUGUUAAUUAAUUGCAUUGUCAUUUAAAAUAUUAUGUUGUUAAUUACUGCUUCUUGUCUUCCCACCCCUGUCACAGCUUGGAGUUUUUAUUCAAUUAAAUCUCUGUCUCUUGCUUA